GGAGGCAGACAACUCUCGCGAUACUUGAUUCAAUCAAACGUUCUUCCACUAUGGUCUCGGCUCUGUCUGUCCAAACACACGGCGGCUGGUAAAGCUGGUCAUUACCCCUCCAAAUCCCGCUUUUUCUGUCGAAAGCAGUGACGCUCACUGAACCGUGAUGAUGGUGAUGAAGAAGAAGAUAAUGGUGCGGUCAGCAGGCAAACGAUGAUGAGGAGGAGGAUGAAGCUGAGGGUGAACCGCAGCCAGCUGCUGUCUCUGUCCAAAGAAGAAACAUCUGGGAGCUUCCAGAAAGAAGGAACGCUGCAGGUCGGACGGCAGGAGGCAGUUCUCACAGAGCGGUUCUGUCGUCUGAGAGGAAACCUGCUGUUCAUCCUGAAGAAGCAGGCUGGUGAGCUGGAGGAGGUGUUGCUGCUGGAGAGAUGUAACGUCAUGAAGCUUCCACACAAUAGCAGACGGCUUGCUGUCAGCUUCGAGAGCGGCGACCCUCCCGUGUUCCUGCAGUCGAGCAGCUCCGCAGAGUGCACGUCAUGGCUCAUCAGCCUGAGAGACGCCAACAUCAAGGAGAUGAGGAGACGCAUCACACACCUGCGCACGCUCAUUAACACACACACGCAGGAACACACAAAAACCACCACGGACAGCCCUGACAGUGAUGGAGGUGCAGGUGGAGCAGAAUCUGCUGGUUUGGUAUCUCCACUGCACCUGACAGUGGAGUGUCGCGGUUUGGACAUCAUCAGAGAUAAAAUCCAGCUUCACAUCUCUGUCAUCGACACACACACUCACACAGUCAGGAAGCACUGCAGCGCAGAGAUAGCAGAGGGAUCAGAUGAUGGUGUGUUUCUGACAUCAGUGUGCUUUUGUGACGACUUCCCGCUAUACCGGCACUGCAGGAUCAAAGUCACUGUUUACCAUGCAGACGACUCCACAACAAGGAGCUUCCUGGGUUUCACCUCGUUCUCUAUCAGAGAUCUGCUCAGGGUCAAGGAGCCUCACGUCUCUCUUAGCCUCAGGACGAUGGAUGGCGUGAACGAGGUGGGGGAGGUGCGGGUGUCCCGCGUGCAGAUGGAGGGAGACAACGAGAGUCAAACUCCUUCUGAACACAAGUGUUCCACGCUGUGUGACAGUAUUCACGGCUCUGUCCACGACAAAGACAACAGUCCAAUGAUGAGAGCAUUGCUUUGUGCUCAGGUCUCUAAGGUGAACAGGUUUAAGACAGAAGAUCAGAGGUGGCUGCUGGUCAGGGAACAGAUGUCAGAGACGCCGCUUUCUUUCUCUCUACCCAAACAGUUACUGAGCUUGCUCAUACAGGAGCAUACAAACAGAAUUCAGGAAGUGAAGGAACUCGGUGACCUUUCACCCCACUGGGAUGGCCUUCGCCAUGAUGUCAUCAGUCACUGUAACCACUUGACCGGGUGCUAUCAGGAACUGCUCACUGAGCUUGAAAAAGUUUCAGCUUCAUCCUGUUUUAAGCCGAGCACCAGUAAGUCAGACAGACACCUACAGUUUGUUCCGACCAACCUACACACGCAGAGGAUGGAGGUCACCAGUCCCGACAGCACAGGUGUUUGGUAUGACGUUAUAACUUUUGGUGCUCCAGCCGAUCAUCACCAGGCCUUCAAACACGGAGGGCUGAAGAAACUCCUCAGCAAACAUACAAACCUCAGGGAAAGCUGUGUCUCUUACUCCCAGGAGGAGAGCUCUAGAGCCAAGGAGCUGCUGACAAGGAUGGCCCAGCUGCAGCCGUUGGUCUUCGGACUUGCAGAGGAGCUGCUCUCCGUCGCGCAGGAGCUGAACACCGCCCGGCUGCGGCAGGUCCUAGGCAGCCUGAUGGAACAGACCGAGCAGUUUGUGCACGCGCUCAAAGAGGAGUUGGUAAAAUGUGCCUUGUUGGAGAUCCAUAACCAGUGCAUCGCAAAUGCCAACAGCAGCCACGUCCACAGCAACGGGCUGCUGUGUGAGAACUGUCCUGCCGAUCAGGAGCAGGACGGUGGCCGACGCGACACGGAGUACGACGAGGAGGAGUGGGACAGGGUGUGGGUGAAUGUCGGAAAGAGCAUCAACUGCAUUGUUGCCAUGGUCGACCGACUGCAGCAGCAAGAGGAGACGCUUCAGACAGUGAUGUCAGCAGAGCUGCAGGAAGGCACCGGGGACACAAACUCUCAGAACACAGGUGACGCCUCUCGUUCCUCCUUCUCCUCCUUCUCUGGGUGCACCUGGGAAGAGCACCUUCUCCCUCUGGUGGUCACUCUCAGGGACUGCGUGCGUGAGGCAGUGAUGAAGGCCCAAGUGGCUAUGACCUUUGUGGUCCUGCAGGAGGCAGUGGAUGCGACAGUCGCUCAGGGCCCUGUACACAUAGCCCAGAGACGUCACGCCGCCUUCAGCCAGGCGCUCUCAGCAGUAGUUUGUGGCGUCAUGCUGAAGCUUUACAGAGGCCUGGAGGAUCCUGACUUUCUACGGCAACUUCACACUGUAGGAGUAUUGGCUCAAUUUGAAAGCCUGUUGAGCACCCACGGUGAUGAGAUUGGGAUGCUGGAAGACAUGGAAGUGGGUGUGGCUGACCUAAAGGGAGUAUCGUUCACCAUCACCGAGGCCAAAACGGAACAACCAGACGACCUGCUGCCGACACUCAGUGGAACAUGGGGCAGUUUUAUUGUUGAAGUCCCGUUGCCUCCAGAGACCUUCAGCUCACUGCCACAGGAACUAAAAGAUGGGCUGUUGAUUCGAGUCGAUCCUGUUCUGUUUAACAUUGGAAUCAACCAGCAUCAGAGUUAUGCUGAGAGGUUUGGUGACUGUUCGCUGCAGGAGAGAAUAAACCAGCAGAGCUGUGAGCGUCUCAAAGCUUAUUGUAACACACUGAGGGACAGACUGCCUGACAUGGCUGGUAUCCAGUCGCUGGCAGACUUGUUGUCUUCUCUGGAACGCAGCAUUGAGGCCAAGAAGAGGAAGAACGUGGAGGUUCUGUGGAUUGCUGCUAAGGUGUGUCGUAAGGUGAACGGCGUGCGGCUGACGAGCUGUAAGAGUGCGAAGGACCGCACUGCGAUGUCGGUGACGCUGGAGCAGUGCGCCUUACUGCGGGAGCGACACGCACUCAGCCAGCAGCACUUCAGUAUCGCGCUGGACUGGAUGAGAAGGGAUGGCUGCAGGAUGGAGAACGUGGAGAAAAACAUUGGCAGCAGGAAGUUCGCCUUCAGCAGCGUCCAGCUUCUCACCUUCCCCAAACUCUACCGACCUCCAGAUGGCAGCUAUGGAUAAGAAUGCAUAAAAUGUAUCUAUGUACAUAUAUGUGUAUAUAAUUUUUUUUAUCAUUAAUUUGUUUUAUAAUGUGACGACAGUGUUAUUUUUAUUUCUGUGUUCAUAAAAAUGUUGAUUGUGGGUGUAGAAAUUUGAAUGACAAACAUUUUUCUACAAUAAACAAUUAAACACUCGA